AUGCCAGAGUUGGUGAGAGAAGGAACUGGUCUCUCAGACUCCACCUCAGAGGAGCAAUCGCUCAGCUCAUACACAUCUGAGUCCUUUGACGACAACGCCUCCAUAGUAACAGUCAUACGUCUCGUCAAUGAUGCCGUCAACAAUAUUGAAAGUGAAGUGUCAAACAUGGACAAAGAACCACAGAGGAACAGCCCUGUGAGACGCCACCAGCCAAGCAACGAUGAGAUUUGCUUAGAGUUCGUCAAAGAGUACCUUGUGGAUUCGUCCCACUGGGAGUCAUCCAGCCAGUCUGCGAGUUGGUUAUCGCCCUCACGACUGCGGCCACCCGAAACAACGUCUCCCUACAACUUGGACGACACCCAGAGUAUUAAAAGAGGUGGAAGCACAAGGUCCCUUCAACUGGAUUAUAGAGUCAUGAGUUUUGGGAGCGGUGGAGAUAGAGGAAGAACCAGAGGAAGUGGUAAGAGGAUGUUCCAGUGGGAGAGAAACCAGUCUGGUGAAUGGGAGCGAAAACGAGUCCUGGAUCAUGAAACACAUAACUUAGACUUGGCUUCAUACAAUGAUUCACCGGUUUAUGAAGAAUAUACAGAAACCUCCCCAGGAGACACUGAUGGCCUGUAUGACACAUUGCCCCCGACACGUCCCGCCUACGAGGGGUACCCCUCCAGCCCUCCAGGUCUCAACCUACACCCGGCCCAGCUCCUGCCCCCUCUCAGGGCCUGGGACCUGCAGACUGAGCAGUGGAGGCAGAGCUCACAGGAGGAGGAGGUGGAGGUCACCGCUGCCACGCUGACGGGAACAGGGGAUGAACUAGAAAAGCUUCUAAACCUGGUGUCGCUGCGCGCCAGGCGGGCCACCCGAAUAAACCGCGCCUCCACUGGAUCAGAGCCGAGCAGUGGGUGGGACUCCUACCACUAA